AUGGAUCAAGUUAUCAUAACCGCCCUGCCUCUAGUCAAUCUUAUGGCAGCCUCUCAUCUUGCAGGCUAUCACUUUGCUUCCGAGACUGUUAUCAUGCCGAAUACGCUCUCCACCGCCAAUACAGUAACUAUUCUCACAGAAUUCUAUCGCACCCUGGAUGUUGGUCGGAAAUAUGCCCCCGUUAUGGUGGCUGCUACAACAGCAGGAUUUCUACUACAAUCUUGGUGGAAUGGCAGCGGAACCUAUACCUUUGUCUUUAACAUCAUGGCUGGGACUUCGAUGGGUCUUCUUAUGCCCUAUACGUACUUUGGAGUCGUGCCAUACAAUGAUAAACUCUUGACCGAGUAUAAGGGGGGGGCUACGAGGACAAGUGGCUACUACUAG